GAAUGGUUUAUACGCGAUGGGUCAGUCGUACUCCGUCUUUUGAACUGUCUACUAGUGUGUAUUCUAUUUCAUUAUUCGCAAAAAAUAUUACCAACAUGGGUUCGUUAACGACCAUUCUGUGCAUCUUUGCCGCUUUUAUGAUCAUCGACAGCGUGUCCUCCGCUGGCAGCUGUCCGUUAGCUUCAAAGAUCUACAGCUGCAGCCCAAAGUGUCAACAGAACUACGAUUGCAGUCACGGCAAGAUCUGCUGCCCUAACAGCUGCAAUGCUAAGUCUUGCAUUGACGCCGCGGCAUUCGGUAGUUCGGGUAACAACGACAAGCGCACACAGUCUGGAGGCCCUGGAGUCUACUGCAAUAACGUCAAAUGUAGCGCCUUUGAAGUCUGCAAAAUGGAUCCUGCUACAAAGAGGAUGAAAUGUGUACGGGCCUAAUAAUACAAUUAAAAGGGCCCUUCGUUCGAAACAUACGUUCUAAAGGGCCUUUGUAUUCCAAACUUACGUUCUAAAGGGCCUUCGUACAAACAUCAUUUGAAUUUGCUGCGUAUACACGAGCUUAUUAUAACAUGCUUGUAUACAUAAAUGUUAACGUGGAUUUUCGCUUUUGAAACAUUCGUACAAAAAUAUGCUAUCCCUCUCAUUCACCUUGAUAAAACUGAGAUACCAAUAUGUUUUUGUACGGGUGUUUUAACAGGAGAAUCUUACGAAAUAAUUUAAUUUACUAAAGAAUAUUAAUAAAACUUAAAAAUAA